GAAAGUUAGCACUGGCACGGCAGUAGCAGCGUUAUUUCUGUCGUAAUAAUAGUUACUCGACUAGCGAGGGCAUAUUGUUAUUGUUUUAGUUGUGUUUUAAAUACGCAAUAGUUGUCAUGUUGUACGGCCCUGAUCCGAAGUCGGAGAAGGUGGGAAAUCUCCUUUCUUCGAGUCAUUCCGCGGGAGGUGAUCAACAACAGACGUUUACUCGACGUGAGACGAAUUAUGCCAACAACUCAGAACGUUUUUACAUCAAGGAGAAAUCAUUUGGAAGACAAUAUGCACACAUAUAUGCCGAAAGGCUUAUGACAGUUCGACCUGAACUGGAGAAAACUGCCAAGAAAAAGUGGGGAAAGGAUGUUCCAAUAAAGAAGUUGUUUGAGUUGGGAAUAGGAGAAAAAUGUGUUAUAAUUGGCACUCUUUUUAAACAUAUGGACCUAAAGCCCAGUAUCCUGAAGGAAAUCAGUGAAGAGCACAACCUCAUGCCUCAGCCGAUCAGAGCUAAGUUUAUAGCCGAUUCUGACAAGCUGAUUUUAGAGGAUGACCUGCAGAGGAUUAUUUUGAAGGAGGGCUUUGAUAUCCAGUCCUCAGUCACAGGUGUGAUUGUUGCUGUGUAUGGGUAUGAGCCAGACCAUGACAGAGGAAAGUUUUAUGUGAAAGAUUACUGUUUUAAGGAGUUACCCGCUCAAGUGCCACGCCCUAUUCUAGAGGAAGAUAAGUACGUAGCGCUGAUAUCAGGCCUCGGCUUGGGAGGCAGACAGGAGAACCUGUUACCCUUACAGCUGAUGGUUGACCUCCUGACUGGGCAGCUGGGAGAUGAGGGGCAGCAGGAGGCUACAGCUAAUGUGUGCCGCAUCAUCAUCGCUGGCAACUCUCUUAGCGAAGCUACGCAGGACAAGGGAAGCAUUCAUCAGGCUAAGUAUCUUGCAAAGAAAAGCACAGCAAGUACUGUCAGUGCAGUGAAGAACUUCGAUGAGCUUCUGGCUCAGUUAGCUUCCUGUGUCCAUGUUGACGUCAUGCCAGGGGAGUUUGACCCGGCUAACUACAUCUUACCACAGCAGCCCCUCCACAAGUGUAUGUUCCCCCAGGCAGGGGCUUAUCAGAGCCUCCACUCUGUCACUAACCCUUAUGACUGCAGCAUAGCUGGUGUCAGGUUUCUGGGGUCAUCUGGACAACCAGUUCAUGACAUUUACAAGUACAGCAGCAUGGAAGAUGGGAUGGACAUUCUGGAGAAGACGCUCACCUGGGGUCACAUCGCCCCGACAGCCCCUGACACUCUCGGUUGUUAUCCGUACUAUAAUGAUGACCCAUUUAUUCUGAACCACUGUCCUCAUGUCUACUUUGCGGGAAAUCAGGACGAGUUCAAAACCAAGCUCUAUUCAGGUUCUGAGCGUCAGAGAGUUUUACUGGUGACGGUGCCGCGAUUCAGCCAGUCAUGCAUGUGUGUGUUGGUCAACCUAAGGACCCUAGAGUGCCAGCCGCUGGACUUUGGCAGUCAGUUUGGGGAGUCAGAAGAAGAGAGUCCCCAGCCGGCAAAGUGAGGAGUGGACGGAGGGAAGAUGAGCCGGCAAGGCGUUGCCAGGGAGAUAAUUGCAUUUCAGAGAAGGGAUGUCAUUCACAGGCAAUUUCACAGUUUGUCCAGAAAGAACUGGACGGUUAGGAUUGGAGUUCUCCCUGGGGAGUCUGCAGCGAAGGAAUUCCACGGGACUAUUUAAAUAGUUUUGUCAGUUGCAGUAGCCGGGGUGUUGUGUGGAGGCAUGGUGUCGUGCUGUGCAGUCAGGCUCAGUAAUUCUCUGUACAAUGGCCUGGCUGAAAAACAGCCCAGUCACAGUUUAUUGCCCUCUUAAAUUAGAGAAAAAGUAGGACUGGGUGAACGUAACUUCCAAGAGUAAUGGUAACGAACUUUAAAAAGUGGGCCAAUUUUCCUGCAGAUUCCUGAAGGGAAACAGUGGUAGGCCAAAUCACUUAACUGAACUGGUUUGAGUGGUUUAAUAAAGGAGGGCUGGUUAGUGUUGAGUGCUGUUAAUGAGAUGAAAAGGGCAGUGGUGGGGGGGGGGGGAUUGUAUAGGGUGGGAAUGGAGGGUGACAUUCGACAUUCGCUUUGCAUGGGACAACGCAGCCAGACAGUAAUGUGUUUAUACUGAAUUCUGCCUCAUCUCCUGCUGUCCAUAACUCACCGUGACAUAUAGAUCGUUUAUCCAUUCAUUGAUGAAUGCCUAUAUGAAUAAAUUACUUUGACCUUCUCAGAUGCUUUAUGUUAUCUGAACAAAAUCGCUGCAUUGAUCCUUCCUAAGUGUGUGUUGAUUUAUUCUUGUUCGUUUAUCUUUAAGGAAACUGGUU